AUGGAGGCAGUCAAGAAGAAGAUGCUUAUGUUGAAGCUGGAUAAGGAGAAUGCUCUGGACGCGGCAGAACAAGCCGAUACCGACAAGAAGGCAGCCGAGGAGAGGAGCAAGCAGGUGGGCCAACAACAUUAGAGAGAGUGAGGGGGGGCCCUCUAUCAUGGAUGGGGACAUGGGCACCUAUAGGCUGCUACUACUACCCCAGGGAGCAAAACUGGUUGCAAUGACGUCAUUCUGUCAUUUUUUGUACGUCAUGGUCAGGUUGUAUAUUUAUUGUACAAGGAUGUUUUUUCAGACGUAUUUUUAGUGACCAGAAAAAGACGUGUGGGUGUGUCAUAAAUUGCAUCCUAGUCCCUAUAUAUUGCACUACUUUUGACCUGAGCCCUGUUUGUAUUGUCUGUACAAGUGGAAAUCCAAUUAACCAUCAGAAAAUGUCAUUAUGACGUCCCAUGCCAACUUUUGCCCACUGGGACAGGGAUGGGGAGUGGAAGUCUUGAAAGGUGAAAUGGCUUAUAUGUUUCCAUGAUGUGGCUGUGUUAUUGGAAAUGGUCAGGGGUAGUCAUCUGCUUAGAUAUAACUUGGUUGCAACCCCUAGGCCUGUCAUUGUUAAAAGUUAGAGUUAAAAAAUAAUUGUUCAAACAGAUGUGAAAUGUUAAACCAAUAUUGCAAUAUACUAGUUAGUGAAAGAGUCAUCUCACCUGCUUUUCUAGAUGUGUUUGUAACAGAUGUGUGUGUGUGUGUGUGUAUAUAUAUAUAUAUAUGUAUAUAUAUAUAUAUAUAUAUAUAUAUAUAUAUAUAUAUAUAUAUAUAUAUAUAUAUAUACUUUAAUUUGUAAGGGUUUUCUUUUACAUUCCAGUGAUUUGAUUUAAUUAUUCUUGAAAAUGAGGUAUUAAGUUCAUGACAUUACUAUAAAUACUAGAGGUUAGGAUAUGGUUAAGAAUAGGACAGAGUUAACUAGACUUAACAACUGAAUCCAAAGUGACACCUGUCCAGGAAAGAAAAGACAACUGGAAAAUUCAAAACCAUGCCAAGACAACUUGAUAGAAAUGUUAGACCAUAUUUCUCUCAUUAGCAAGGCCAGACAGGCUGUCCGUCAAGGCUGGAGUGGUUUAACUAGUGAUCUCUCCACUGAGAAAUUGCAAAGGGCUAUACACUAGGAUCCUUUCACUGAGUGAUUGUUAGGGGAUGUUACCAUCCAGAGGGAGUAUUUAUAUCUAGAUGGCGUUGAAGUGGAACCACGCCAGGCCUGUCAUCAGGCUUUAGGUUACUUGUGACUGGAGGACAGGUGAGGCGGCUGCAGAGAUGGGUUCAAAUAGUACUUUUUUUUUUGCUUGCCUGGUGCAAUGGAGCCAAUGGAAAAGUCCCAAAAGUGCAAAACCGGCCCAUUUGCCACCCCAGAAAAGCUCAAUCAAACACUCAAAGUAUUUGAAAGAAGAAAAAUACUAUUUGAACCCAGGCCUGGGUGACAGUCAAGAUGCCUUGAUGAACGGCAAUGGACAAGGUUAUGAGGCUAUCAGUUAACAAAUACUAUUUUCACACUAAUGAGCUGAGCUUUACUGUGCUGGCCUGGUUAUGUAUCCACCAUAGUUGCUUGAACCGUGCUGGAAAGGUCAAGGUGAAAAGAAAAUGUGAGGGUCAGCCCAGUACGAUUCAGGUCUGCACCAUAGUGUGAAAAGUCUCUCUCUCUCUCUCUCUCUCUCUCUCUCUCUCUCUCUCUCUCUCUCUCUCUCUCUCUCUCUCUCUCUCUCUCUCUCUCUCUCUCUCUCAGCACGAGGAUGAGUUGCUGCAGAUGCAAAAGAAGCUGAAGGGAACUGAGGAUGAGCUGGACAAAUACUCUGAGGCCUUGAAGGACGCCCAGGAGAAGUUGGAGGUUGCGGACAAGAAGGCUGCAGAUGUAAGUGUGUUGUGUUCUUCCUAG